AUGUUCCCUGUUCGCCGUCUACUCCCACUUCGCAACUCCUUUAAGCUUCCUCCCUUGAGGCAGAGUUUUCGAAUCGGUAACCGUCUCCCCGAAACACAGAAGAGGUGGAACGGAUCGUCUUCUGCAGAACCUCCUCGCCCUCACCGAAAUGUUGUAGGGGUCUUCUCCCCGGCUUCCGCUGCAAUAUUCGUAGCAGUUGGUACAGCAUUAUACUUCUACUUCCGCCACGAGAAAAAAAAAUCCAUUGAACAACGGGAAAAGGAACGUUCCUCUCAGGCGUAUGGGCGACCGAACAUCGGUGGUCCAUUCUCACUGAUCAAGUGCACGGGUUCCACCACAUCCGAGCCUGUCAUCUUUACAGAGAAUGACUUACUGGGGAAAUGGUCAUUGGUCUACUUCGGAUUCACAAAUUGCCCAGAUAUUUGCCCUGCAGAAUUAGACAAGGUCACUGUCGUGAUGAACGAACUCAAAAAGUCGUUUCCUAACAUUCCGAUACAACCGAUAUUCAUUUCUGUAGACCCUGCUCGCGACACUCCCUCUCAGAUUCACACAUAUCUUCAAGAUUUCCAUCCAGACUAUAUUGGGCUCGUGGGCGAUUACCAACAAACAAAAUCCGUCUGCAAAGCGUAUCGGGUCUAUUUUUCAACACCACCUGAUGCCGAUCCUAAAGGCGACUACUUGGUCGACCAUUCAAUAUUCGUAUACUUGAUGGACCCUCAAGGAAAGUUUGUCGAAGCAUUUGGCCAGUCCACAGACCAGCACACUGCAGCAGAGAAGAUAAAGGAGCUGAUUACAGAAUGGAUAUCUACUGCUUAA